AUCUCGUGUAGCCACAACAAUGCCUGAACCAGCCAAGUCCGCUCCCAAGAAGGGCUCCAAGAAAGCCGUCACCAAAGCUCCCGGCAAGGGCGGCAAGAAGAAGCGUAGGAGCAGGAAGGAGAGCUACGCCAUCUACGUGUACAAGGUCCUGAAGCAAGUGCACCCUGACACCGGCAUCUCGUCCAAGGCCAUGAGCAUCAUGAACUCCUUCGUCAACGACAUCUUUGAACGCAUCGCUUCCGAGGCGUCUCGUCUGGCCCACUACAACAAACGCUCCACCAUCACCUCCAGGGAGAUCCAGACAGCCGUGCGUCUCCUGCUGCCCGGUGAGCUGGCCAAGCACGCCGUGUCUGAGGGAACCAAGGCCGUCACCAAGUACACCAGCUCCAAGUAAACUGCUCCAGUAGAAUUACCAUCACUACCCAACGGCUCUUUUAAGAGCCACACACUUGACACUCUUGAGUGCAAGCUCCUUCCUCCAUAUCAAUGUAUUUGCAGUUGUGUUUAAUUUAAGUUUUUGUCAAAUGGUAUUAAUGGUAGGACAGUAGAAGUGCUUGUGCAAACAGAAAGGGGUCAGUGAAGAUGUAUGCUUGUGUAACAGAACAGGGUUUUAUUCUUUAUUCUUGACCUCUGAAUGCGGAGUGGGAUCACCACUAUGGCAUCUAUCACAUUUUCAAAUCAAAACACAAAGACUGAAUACUCCAGACAUGGUUUUGUAUUUUUUCUCAGGAUUUAAAAUGAAUCAAAUUCCUGAGAUCUUGUAUUCUUUAUGCCAGUGGAAAAUGCGCUCUAAGGUCAGCCCCGAUCACGUAUGACUUGGAGUCGAUUAAGGACACAGAGCAGCAAUUGGAUGCACUUCUCUCGUGACAGACAAUUGGACUCUUAGACUUCCUUUAUUGUCAUUGCACAAAAAUACAGCAGAGAAAUUGCCAGCAAAAUAUUGUUGCCUGUCUGCCAUAUUACACCACAAAGAAAGAAUGAAAAAACAAACAAAAAGAAAAAACUUAAAUGAAGAGCUAAAUGAGUGCAAUCAAGAAUAAAUGGAUGACACUGAAUGUAAACAACAAAAUGUACAGUGUAAACAGUUAAUUGCACAAAUAAUUAAAAAUACUGAUGCAUAUCAUUCAUAACAUUCAAACACAACAUUUUUAUUAUUUUCUUUACUUUUCUUGUUUAUUUUACCUUAUUUCUUAUUUAUAUCUUAUUUAUAAUAUCAAAUAUCGUAUUUUCCGGCUCACUUUUCACACCCCACCUCUGCCUCACCCUGCCACUUUGACACUUUCACUAUAUGCGUUACAUUGUCCAGUCUGGUUUGGACUCUUAGGAAAAACAAUCACACUGCACUUCCGGAAUAAGAAACAAAAAACAGACUGUGUACAUAUAUUUAUGCUGUUUAUUUUGUAUUUUUCAUUCUUUUUUUUAGAUGUGUCUGCACCUACUUCACCAAAACAAAUUCCUAGUAUGUGUCUGAUCAUACCUGGCAAUAAACCCUUUUCUGAUUCUGAAAAGCCCCCCAGAAGAAAAUCAUCAUCAUAUUUUGCCGACUACAAGCUGAAAGUAGGGAGAUUUGCAGCCGAAAACAGUUAAUCGAGCAGCACAGAGAAAGUUUGGAGUAAGUGAGAAACUCGGGACUGGUGUAAAGCAGAGCCUUCUUUUACUGCCAUGAAGAAAACAAAAUAGUUACAUAAACACUGGACACCUUUUUUGUGUAUGUUUAUUUUUUGUGUAGCUGAAUAGCCAUUGUGUUAGCAUAGCUUACGGCGAUUCAGCCUGUUCUUUAUUAUUUUAUUGUUAGAACUUGACUUAUUGAUGUCUGUUUUGGUCAAGUAGUUUGUGAAAUAAAUUACCCACAAAAAAUGUGACAUGUACUUAUGUAUGUUUUAGUUUUUGUUUUUAUGCAUUUAUGUAUUUUUUUUAUGCAUUUUUUGCCUUGUGUGACAUACACCGGAGCAAGUUAUAGUUUAGAAAAUACAGUAUAUACUUUGUAUGUUGUAUGUACAUGUUUGAAUUCCUCAUCGCUUUGCAUGAUGAUUACUUGCUCUUGAGUUAUAAAUACACAAAUUGGGAUGUCUCUUUUUUUUUUUAAAUGGAAGUAGAAUAAAAUGGAGU